AUGUAUCCAGAGAUCAAUGGUAUGCUUUCUCCUCCUACGGCAGCACCUACAUACCAUCGGGGCAAUCUUCAUACCACUGUGGACUACGUCUUUUGCACCCAUCACCUCCACUCCAUGAUUUCUAAUGCUCAGCAAUGGCACAUGUCACGUGCUUGGACUGACCAUGAGAUGCUGACAGUGGAUUUUCGAAUACACAGCAUGGACACCGGCCCUGGCUGUUGGCGUUUUAACCCACUGCUGUUGGGCCAACCUCCAUUUGAUCUAUUGUUACAGGAUACAGUGAAGGAGUACUUUACACAAUUGGAUGAUGAGCUCAUUGAAAUGGAUCCACAAGCAUGCUGGGACAACCUCAAAGCGGUUUUAAAGGAAACAGCUAUUGAUUACAGCUUCCGCCACCGCCAUACCACCAAACAACACUUUCGUACUUUACAACGUCGUCGACAUGUUAUCAUACAACAACAUGGUACUCGAGACCCACGACUGCCACCUCUUGAAAAAGAAAUUGCCAACAUUCAAGAACGUGUUACGAAACAAUUGUUGUUACGAACAGCAACCCGAUGGCACGAGGAAGGGGAACGAAACAACAAGUACUUUUUCAAAGUGUUGAAACAACGACAGGCCGCCACCACCAUCCACCAUCUCCGUGACCCACACACCGGUGAACUUUUCACCACCAUGGGUGGGAUAAUGCAACAUGCUCGUCACUAUUACAAGGAUCUUUAUACCCCUACCGAGAUUGACCAGGCCGCUGUUGAUAAGAUGUUAUCUUCUAUUCCUUCCUCAGUGCAAGUGACAGCAACACAAGGAGACAAUCUCAUGCGACCAUUUUCUUGGGACGAGCUUGUUCGAGCCAUUGAACACGCACCUUUGGGUAAAAGCCCUGGGAUGGAUGGUUUACCUUUUGAAUUACUCAAACACAUGCAAACGUGGGAACCGGUGAUCCAGCUGCUACUCUUAGUGAUGAAUCAAGCACUUCUUCACAACUUGUAUCCUCGUUCGUGGUUGUCAACUCGCAUGGUUUUGUUGUUUAAGAAAGGAGACCCACGUCUUUUGGCCAACUGGCGCCCAUUGUCAUUGAUUAAUUCGGAUGCGAAACUAUUUACCAAAUUGUUGGCGAACCGGUUACAACCCAUCAUGCAUCGCUUAAUCAACCCUUUUCAGACUGGCUUUUUGGCCAAACGACUUAUCUCAGACAAUGGUUGGGUGGUACAAAACCUCAUGCAUCAUGUUCGGCGUUUCUCUCCAUCAUCUCCAUCAGUGGGUGUGUUACUUGACCAAGAAAAAGCUUAUGACAGAGUACAUUCGGAUUAUCUUCGGCAGGUAAUGACAAGGUUUGGAUUCCCUACUCAAUUCAUUGAUUCCCUCCUCCACCUCUUCUUCUCCACCUCUAUCUCCCUAUCCAUUAAUGGAUGGCUAUCUUCUCCCGUGUCUCAACUUCGUGGAUUACGUCAAGGUGAUCCUAUCUCUCCCCUUCUAUUUAACCUUGCCUUUGAACCCCUUAUCCGCACCCUUAUGUCCGACCCCUUAUUAUUAGGAUCACCUUUGACUAAUCCAAGCAUGACCAAAUGGAAUCACCGUAUCCAUUUUCGUACUAACUUGUAUACACCACACAUUCCACCAAUCAAAGUAUUGGCGUAUGCUGAUGACUUGUUGGUAUUCCUUCGUACACCCACCGAAUGGCAAUAUCUAUUACAACAUCUUACGACAUACAAAUUGGCGUCCAAUGGCAAAGUUAACCUCAACAAGACCGUGGUUUUCCCACUUUCAGGUGAACCUAAUCCCUCAUGGCAACACAUGUUACACACGAUUAAUGCCCAAUGGCAUGAUCGUACUUCUCCAACGGCUUUGACAUACCUGGGAUACCCCCUCUAUCACCAUGAUCAACAUUUGGAUAGCUUUUUGAGCAGCCUUUACACCAAGCUUGAGACUCACGUACACCUACUACAACAACGUACGCUCUCAAUUCUUGGGAAAGCUACGGUGGCUAACUCCCUGCUUUUAUCUCGGCUGUGGCAUGUACUACGGGUUUGUGUCGUCCCUAAACCAUGGAUUCAGAAGUGUCAAACACUGAUUCGUAAGUAUGUGUGCAAUUUUUUUCCAUAUCCGAGUUGGUCAACUUGUUGUUUACCACGCUCACAAGGUGGUUUGGGCCUGGUGGAUAUUCAGGAUCAACAUCUCGCACUUCAUCAUGUAUAUCUUCAACGAGUCUUACACCAUUCGCCUUCCAAUCCCCAUCCCCCAUUUAUCUCCUCAUUCCUCGCCCAUCUCUUCCAUUUGUAUACUGGUCAACCAUGCAUCUACACACUUUUUCUUCCCUCCCCCCCAUUAAUUCGUUUAUGUUCCGAUUUCCCCCAUAUCCAACACCUCCUUCAAUUGUCAGCUAGAUUACCUGAAUUUCCUAUUGACAAGCUCUCCUUACAUGAUUUUCUCAACAUCCCCUUCCGCAACCUCACCCUUGCUCUCCCUGAAUCCACCACCCCACUCCCCACACUCAAAAUCCUCGUUUCAAACGUUUACCGAUGGAUAAACCGUGACCGCAAGCUGACCAUCAAAUAUGCUACACGCAUUCGACAAGCAAUGGCACGUGUUCUCGAAGCCGUUGAACAAGGUACCAUGACGUUACAUCCAACACUACAAACCCACACCACUGCCGACAACCCACUUAGCUCCAAUCCACCAUUACCCGAUUUGAACUCAUGGUGUCUACCAUCCAAGGAAUAUCCCGCUUCACGUUCCACAACAACCACCUCUGCUAUUGCUGUCACCAAAGUUGGACCGGGACAACUCAGAGCUUAUUGGCGAUCCAAAACAUCCACUACCACCAUUGAAACGACUAUUGCACCUUACCACUGGAAACGUUUUUGGAAGCUACGAAUGCCACAUGGGUCUCGUACCAUUUGGUGGCGUAUUCUCCACCAUCAUCUAUCGACAACUCAACACCUUCAUCGACUCAUGCCAGUGAAACAUCCCACCCCGAUUUGUCAGCUUUGCUUUGGUGAAGUGGAAACCUCUCGCCAUAUGUUUUUGGACUGUCCCUUCAAACGAGUAUUCUGGAUUGAUGCCUUGGUACUCAUCCAAGCUCCCUCACACGUUACACCCGAGAUGGCAUGGCACGCUAUCCUCUUACAACCACAACAACCAACCAGCUUUUGCUUUGUUUACCAAGACCGGUUAGGCCUUAUCCUCCAAACCAUUUGGGCUAUGCAUUGGCAAUGUCUUCUACAAGAGAUUCCUUGGAAUCACUACUCGGCAUAUGAAUACCUUGAUUCACUCAUUGCUAGACAUCCCACCCUUGUCCCCCCGAUUCAGUUGGAUACAGUAGAAUUUAUUUUGGGGUAA